ACACUCAUGCUUCGAAAGCGCAAAACCGGCGUAUCAGCUCUCGGUCCGCUUUCAUCCCGCCAACGGUUUCCUACAGUGCACCCAUCUUCUCCCCUGCCCUCUGGCGCCAUUGUAUCACCCACAGCUAGAUUGGAUCCCCGUGCCUGGCCCCGGCAUCUCCGGCUCCUCUUGCCGGCCGCUCCGGUUUUGUUGUUAUCUGCUCAUUUUACCAAUACAUCGUCAUCGUGCCUAGGUACCGAGAGGCAUUAAACCCCGGCCGUGACCCUGGCGGCUUACGAGGCUCCCCGCGCCGUCGUCCGGGACUUCGGUUCCGGGAUGAUGAGUGCGCCCCACCACCCGCAUCCUCACUCCCGGCUCGAACUACCUGGCUCUGGUGCUCCAUCAUCUCUCCCCAACCCCUAUGCUCAAUAUGAAGAGCCGUCGCCUCCGUAUACUACCAUGGGCAGUGAUUGUCCCCCGGAUCAGUUUGAAAUCCCUCCAUCUAAGCGCCAAAGGCUAUCCGUCGCAAGUGCCACUGACGGUGACGAUCAACGCCAUCAUGUCGGAGGCUCGCACUCUGCUUCAACUGCCACAGGCGCCAGCAGGGCUGAUCCGCCCUCGGAGGGACCCCCACGUGAGGCGUCGGGCAGAGGGGACACGGGAACGGCCAGCUCGACAAGGGCGCCUCCACCAGCCCCUACGACGGCCAAAUCCAAGAGAGUACGGACAGGCUGCCUGACCUGCCGGGAACGACAUCUUAAGUGCGACGAGGGGGUACCGGACUGCCUCAAUUGCCGCAAGAGUAAUCGCGAGUGCAAGCGUGGUGUGCGCCUCAACUUCAUCGAUGUGCAGGUCAAGGAUCCGCCCUACGUGCCACCGACGCUCGAGUGGUCGGUGCAAUUCCAGGAUGAGUCCCGACUGAUUGCGUCCGAGUAUCGAGGUGGACUGGGGCGUUACGCUCCUUUUGACCAGGUAAACAUGACGCCACCACGGGAGAUGGAUGUCGACGCAGUCUUACGGCAACAGCAGAGGACCUCCGGUAACCCCGAGUUUGCAUCGCCGUUCAGCACCAGCAGCAAGAGUGUUGACCCACCGGGGUCGCAAGGAAUGUUCUAUCCUGGCAACGGGAGGCCUGGGCAAGGCGAGCAAUUAGGUUAUGGCGAAGCCCACAUGGCACAGAUGCGCGAACUGCACUCGCGGAGGAACAGUGAAGCCUUCCUCGCAACCGGACAGCAAAGCCAGCCGGCGCAACAGACGACGAGCUCGUCUGGAGGGUUCUCUCUUGCGGCGUUACAGGAGCGAUUCCCCUCGAAAGACGAUGGUCUGCGGCGCAAUCAUGCCUACCGAAUCAGCGACGUGUCGAGCGUGACCUCGACUCUCGUGCCUCGGAGCGCUAGCAACUUCCCGUCCGGUCUAGCCUCAGGACAGCUCCAGGGCUCUCAUGAAUCGCUCAUGACCCCUCCAGGCGAUAAGACAGCAGUGGGCGAGCGCGACUAUCUGAGCUCGGACGAGGAGAUUCACUACAUGCAGGUCUUCGUAAACGACGUGGCCAUCUGGAUGGACAGCUUCGAUAAGGACAAGCAUUUCAGCCGCGUGAUUCCCUACCUUGCCUUGAAGUCGCCCAUGCUCCUCAACGCGUUUCUGGCUUGCGGGGUGAAGCACCUAACAUUGGUCGACAAAACGUACAACGAUGACAGGGCAUUAUUCUACUACGACACAGCCACGACACAACUGCUUCGAAACCUGCAGAACCCGGACCGCAACAUGGCCGAGUGUGCAACAACGGCGGUGGUAUUGAACGUGUACGAGAUCAUGAGCGAGAAGCCGACACAGCGGAUGAGCCACAUAGCCGGCGCCAGGGCCCUCAUAAGGGAGUGUGGCUGGGACGCGAGGAGCCCCGGAAUUGGGGCCGCAUGUUUCUGGUUGAAUAUCGGGAUGGAGGUGCUCAGCUGCUUGGCCUUCAACUGGCAGACCGCGUGGGAGCCGGACCAGUGGGGCCUCGACCUAAACUUUGCGGCCUGGGGCAGCGGAGAGGGAGACGGCCGGGCCGGGGCUGGAAGUGAUGGCAGUGGGGGCGGCAACUUGGGCGGCACCAACAGCCUAGGAGGCGGUGGCGAGGAGGAGGUCUGGGUCCAUCGAAUCUUCUACAUCGUGGCCAAGAUCGCCAACUUUCGGGCCAACAUUCCGCGCUUCCAGGAGCCAUCGCCGCACAACGAGCAUGCCCGCCAUCAGAGCCGCUUCGCAGAGUGGAAACGUCUCAGGGCCAUGUGUGACUCGUGGGACACCAACUGCCCACGGCCCAUGCACCCAUUCGGCUACGCUCACAGGUCGUCGAGCAAGUCGCUGUUUCCGAAUAUUUGGCUCAUCAAACGCGCCGCUGUCAUUGGCCGUCUUUUCUACCACACUGCCAUGUGCCUCCUCGCACAGAUCAACCCCGUCAACCCCCGAGAUAGCGAGGAGAAUCGUACCGCCCAGAUUCAACACGCCCACCAGGUGUGCGGCAUUGUGGCGCACACCAAAGAUCGCGGCGUGGCCUCGGUCGCGAUUCGCAGUCUCGCAAUCGCCAGCUCCGUACUCACAGAACUAGACGAGCAAAAGGAGGUCCUUGCCAUCCUAGACAGGAUCUCAACAGAGACGGGAUGGCGACUUGGAAAGGUCCUGACGGAGCUCAAGAAGGCCUGGGGAUGGGAGGAAAGCACGAGCCUAACGAUGCUCGCUCCGGUCGGGCCUGCGGGCUUCGGAGGGCAGGGCAUUCCGCCCACGACCUCGGCCGCUCUGAACACGGGCCCGUAUUCUUAUGCCACCAUACAGUCGCAGACGACGCCGAGGCAACAGAACACCAUGGUCACGGCGACGUCAUCGGCGCCCCUGGUUGCUCCGGCACCGGUUGCGCAGCGGCCCGUCAACCCCCUGCUGGUCCAGGCAGACUUCAGCCUGCCGAACCAUCCCUAUCAGAACUGGUAUGAACCGCCGAACCGGACGAAUGCAUAUGGCUCGCAAGGAUACUGGCCGGAUAGCCUGCUGUCCACGGGCAAGCAUAGGAGCAUGGGUGAUGGAUGAGGAGUUGGCAAGGGGAACCUUGUCGUUCAGAUGGAGCAGUACACUUAUUGUCACACGGAGGAGCUUCUCUUCUUUCUUCCUCAUUUUUAAUAUUUUUAUAUGUCUCACUCGUAGGCCUACAAGAGGACGAGUGUUACAGCCAA